GGCCUCAGCGCGGCAGCAGAGCGCGCGGCAGAUCAAUUACGUCAGAGGAGUUGGGCACGCGACCGUGUCGGUAACGUGGAAGUGGGAGAGUCUUGCAGAGGGCCAGAGCAGCUGCUGUGAAGACAUGCCUGCAAAAAAGAAAAAUGGCGUUCCUGACAGAUGGACGGACUAUACGGCGGUGGGCAGACGAAUCCCUGGGACUCGCUUCAUUGCCUUUAAAGUUCCCUUAAAACAGUCUUUCAGGUACCAUUCAACGCAAUCAGAACCCUUCGGACCGUUUGAUCUUGUGCGCAUGAUGGAGAAGGAAGGACAAGAACUGGGUCUCAUCAUUGAUCUGACCUUCACAACUCGCUACUACAAUGUAGAGGAUUUACCAAAAACUUUGUACCACCUGAAGAUCUUCACAGCAGGGCAUGAAGUGCCAAGCAAUGCCACCAUUCUCAGCUUCAAGAAGGCCGUCAGACAUUUUCUGCGUGACAAUGAAAACAAUGAUAAGCUGAUUGGUGUUCAUUGCACGCAUGGUUUAAAUCGCACUGGCUAUUUAAUAUGUCGAUACCUAAUUGAUGUUGAUGAGAUGAAUCCACAAAAAGCGAUUAAAUUGUUCAAUGAAUCAAGGGGACACUCUAUUGAGAGGCAGAAUUAUCUUGAUGACCUGAUCAAAGGGCCCAAGAGAAGUAAUAAGAGCAUGGAGGAACCGGACCAAGUGCCCGCCAAGGGACUUGCAAGCGAGCCGCAAGUUGAAGCUCCUCCUCAUUAUCAUCGUCGAUGGGAACAGCGUAACUACGAUCUUCCUUUUAACGAACAAAGACCUUACCAAUGGCACGUGGAAUCCCGCAAUCAGUUUCCACCGUUUCACCAGAACAACAGCAUGACUUGGUCUGUGCCACCUGAGCAGCAGUUCUUCCGUCCGCCCUUGAUUCCUCAUCCACCGCAGGGCAUGGGACCCCAUUUUCCCCACCGGAGCACCAGAGGAUUCUACUUUGGAAAUUAUCCACCUCCCCUUCCCUCUAAUGAGUUUGGUGAGCCACACCACAAUCCACGUGCGCCUCCAGGGGGAUCCGGGAGACCUCCGGGGCCUCAUCGAAAACCUCGACAUAGACACAGAAACGGUCCGAAAGACAGGACUCAUCACUGAAAUGAAGAGACUUCACAUGUUUAACCUAAACUGCUGGACUGGGCCUGAACACAAGCUACUAGUCCGAUGGUUGAAUUGUUCUCUCUGUCGAGGAACUGUACUUUUUCUUCAGUGGAGUAAAUUAAUUACUAAAGAGGUUGACUGUUUUAUUAGACUCUGCUAACUAAUAAUAUUACUGCAAGGUUUUGUCGUAGUUCUGUUAGAAAGUCAUUUUUCCAGCGGAUAUAAUUCACACACAUAACCCAUAACUGCUGGUGAUCUAUUUUUGCGUUUUAAAUGAAUGCAAGUGCAAUUACAGUUUUUUUUAAUCCUACUACAUUUUACGCAUUUUGUAUUUUAUUUUAUUUUUUUGUUGUUGUUUUAUCACUUAAAGUGUUCUGGGUGAUGUAUGAUCUGUUAUUUACUUAGAUUUCCGUGAUCCUGGGUUAAUCCUGGGUUGAUGCCGGGUUGAGUUCAACCUAAUAAAAGGGUUUGUCUGCGCAAGCGCUUA